UGGCUAAUUUUAACCUGGCAGUUCAAACAUGCAAAGAGACCAAAAGCAACGUUAUAAAACAAGGGGGAAGCAACACGUCUGAGGUGGGACCUUCGACUGAAUAAGGAUUCCAAAAUAUCUUGUUCAGCGUCCAGUAGACAUGAGUCAGCGUUCCCGGACCUCCAGGGUGCGACCGCAUGUCCACUGUGAUUCCUGCUACAGCCGGCGCUGCAGGGCUCGGGUGGAGGUCUCUGUGUGCUGUGCGCUCAUCCCCUGCCGCCUGCACUGUGGAGCUCUCUUCCACCUUUGCAAAGAGGAGGAUCACCUGCUGCUCUGUCCUAACGUCAGGGUGCCCUGCCUCAACGCCGAGUACGGCUGCCCGCUCCACCUGCCGCGCUCCUCCCAGGCAGCUCACCUGCAGGCGUGUCCGGCCAGCGUGGUGUGCUGCUCCAUGGAGUGGCUCCGGUGGCCGGCCGAUGACACAGACCCACACGGAGGCUUGGCCCUGCAGGAGAACGUGCUGAAGGAAAUCAAGGGGCAGCAGGAGCCUCUGGAUCUGGCCAUGGCCCUGGUGGAUCAGUCAGACCUUUAUGACCGCUUGAAAAUGGCGGCUAUCUUUCCAGAGCUGAUGGAAGCAGUCACAGAGGAAGUGAAGGAGGAGAAGAGUGACGGGACGGCAAUGGGAGGUUCUCUCAAUGGUGUCACAGACAAAGAAAACGGCUUGCGUGAGGACAGCUUUGAGGAAGAGCCUCUACAGAACGGAGUGGGGCAAGCCUCAGGCAUCAGCAAGGAGAAGUACGACCUGUGUGAGAUGAUGUUCGGCAUGGAGAAAGGCGGCUGUGCUGCUGCUCAGGCAAACCAAGACGACCCCAAGCCCGGUGAGAAGGUCGCAGAAGGGUCGCAGAAGGACGAAGUAGUCGCGGAUAAGACUGGUCAGGCCCCGUGGCAGGAGGGGGUCAUGGAGCGUCUGGGACAGGAGCUCACACCGCAGGAGUACAACAUGUAUGUGAUGCAUCACGGGCGCAUGCUGCUUACUUUCGGAAAGAUCAAGGCCUGCACACCGAGGGAGGACGAUUUUGUCUACGGCAGCCUGGAGCCUAUCCCUGUCCAGACCUUGCACUCCUUCAAGGUGCCCGACAGCUAUCACUACAGCAGAAGGCGAGUUCAUCACUAUGACACAAAGCGGCCUCCGAGCGAGCCUCGCGGCGUGGACACGUCCGACCUCGUACUCAUGGAGGAGGACUGCUUUAGUGACGAAGCAGCAGCCACAUUGCUGGGCUACGCAGAAAUAGAGGUCAGGGGUCACAAGAUCAGUGAGUCAAACGCGUCGGACGGGCUCUAUGUCGACGUGGCCACGCAGACGCACUCCUUCCGCACGGCUCCGUUUAAAGCGAGCACGACGCUCGCCGAGGUGACGGUGGACCGACCGCUGAAGCUUCAUCUUCAGCUGCAGUCGGAGAGGGUGAACAGCAGAAACACCAGAGCCAACAGUGUCUUCUCCUUCCUCUGCGGUCACACCUUCCACCGCAGGGAGUUCUCCACACAUUUCAGGUGUCUCUAUACUGCUGACCAUGGAGUGUAUAUGGUGGAAAAAACCAUUAAAGUAAUGCCACGUCCAUUUUGUCUCCUCGCUUCCAGGAACGUCCACUGUGACAUUCAGACGAGUCUGAGCGGGUGGUUCGAGCAGAGAUGCCCCCUAUCCUACCUGGGGUGCACCUACAGCCACAGGAGGUUUCAGCCCUCCACACAGAAAGCCAGCGUCUCUUAUGAUCAUCAGCUGAGGAGUUUCAACCUGCGUCCAGAACAUGAGACCUCAGCAGGUGAAGAUCCCGAGCCGCCCAGAGGCUCAGUGGACUCCUCUGAUGCUCCGAGGAAGCGAGGAGGUCGGACAAGAGGAGGAGAGGACUCUCUGAGCUCGCUGCCCUACGAGGUUCUCCGCCACAUGGCCGGUUUCCUGGACAGUCUGUCCCUGUCUCAGCUGUCUCUGGUGUCCCAGACGAUGAGGCAGGUGUGCUCCUCCCUGCUGCAGGAGAGAGGGAUGGUCACCCUCUGCUGGGAGAAGAAGAUCUACUCGCACGGGGGGGCAAAGUGGAAGGCCAAACCUGUGUGGCAGUUCAGUCACCUCUUCUCCUCGGUGGAUUCGUGGCAAAUGGCGGACGUACCUCCAAUAUCUGCUCAUCUAAAGGUCUGUCCUUACUACGAGACCUCUCUGCACAGUGAGCCUGUUCCCCUCCUGAGCAUGAGCAACAAACAGGAGUGCAGCCAGGAGAGGAUGAGCCUCGUCAACCAUUUUGCAAGAAACAGAUUGCAACAAUAACAAUUACUACCUGCUGUUUUAGCACUUAUUUAUGUGUUUCGACUCUGAUAAUACUGUAUAAUGAUGAUGUUGAAUGUCACCAAGCACAAACACAGAGCAAAUAAAGAAAUCCUAAACCUGAA